GUCAGUGCUGGAGCUCAACUCUGCACAGAAGCGGAUUAACUGGCUGCCGAAGGGGGAUUUCUUGACCAGUUACAGAACUUUGGGGGCUUAUAUUUUGGAGGCAGAUGCCACACGCAUUAGCUUCCCUUAUCCAACAGGAUGGAGGCAACACCUCCUUCUGAACCCGGGAGGACCGUUUGUGGCUGGUCCUCCUCCUCUGGAGGAUGACAGGGAGUGGAUCGUAGUGGAGGGCUGCUCCCUCUCUGGCUACAUCAGCUCCUCCGUCACAAGCACUGAGUGACCAACAGACUCGUACUGCUCCUCCGUCCAAGUGAUGGCAUCGUGUCCAAGUGUUGGCUGACGGAGGAGCUCCCCGUUUGGAUCUAAGCUGUUUGUUUUUCCUGUGGAGCGUUAAUCAAACUGCGGCGCACCAAGGAUUUGUCGCUGCUGUUGAAGUUCAGCGUAUCGCGGAGAGAGAGAGAUGGUCGCUGUUUGAACCCGCUGCGCACCAGGAUGGAGCCUAUUAAGAGAGACAUGGAGCUGCUUAGCAACAGCAUGGCGACCUACGCUCACAUCAAAGCCAACCCAGAGACCUUCGCCCUCUACUUCGUGAUGGGCGUCUGUCUCGGCCUGCUCAUGGCGCUGUGCCUCCUGGUGGCCGGCAUCGCCUGCAGGACUCGGCGCCACGGCAGACCGCCCCCGCUCCCCGGGAGGAGACAGCUGAGGGAGUCCAGCAGGGGAGAGGAGGAGGAGGAGGAGGAGGAGGGCAUGGCGGAGGACGAUGGGGAGGAGACGGAGAUCCCUAAAGUGACAAUGGAGCUCAUGAGCGAUCGCAGCAGCCAGUCCCACGGGACUCUGAGGAGCGCGAACGUGUUCGCGUCCGCCGAGGAGCUGGAGAAGGCGCGGCGUUUGGAGGAGAGGGAACGAAUCGUCAGGGAGAUCUGGAGGAACGGACAGCCGGACAUUCUGGUCACGGGGACGGGGACUAUUGGACGAGUGCAUUACCACUAACAGACACGGUGCCGUAAAGAUGCACCUCACCGACUGCAAGUCGCAGGACGUGCGUAGUAUUCGAUUGACAUUUUGAUUGGUGUGGCAACUCAAAAUGUCCAAUAUUAAAGUAAAGGAUUAAGCAAGAAUUAUUGAGGUGGUGUGGAGAGAUUACACGCCUUGGACCCCCCAGUCACAGCUGGUAGAUGAGGCCCGGGAAAGGGAAGUUUGGGCUCCCCUGCUGGCGUGUGACCCCGGAUAAGUGGUUUAAGAUGACAGACUCCCUCCCUGUUUUUAUGCCUUUAUCAUUUUUGGACAAUUUUCAAAUAAAUAAAACAUCAUGAUAUGCAAUAUAUUCACAAUGCUUACAAAUUUAUUACAUUUUUUCAAACUCUGCUUUAAGUUAAAUGUUGUUUAAUGUUAAUUGAUCAAGAAAAUAACAUUUUUUCCUGAUUUAAAGCACUAUCAAUCUUUUGAGGACCGGGGUAUAAUACAUUGAUAUAACAAGUGUUUGUAUGUAUACUAUGUAUACUAGUUAUAGUAUACAUUUUUUCUGCAUUUGUUUAUAUUGUAGUUCUUAAUUUUACUCAUGAAUUCAAUAUUCAACAUUCUUUGUUUCCGUAGCUUUUUUUUUACACUAUAUUCACCUAAUUGUGUGCAGUAAUGAAUUGGCUUAUGUGAAUUUAACCGUUUUUCUGCUAUGUAAAAAAUAAAAAGUUUUUCCUUUU